AUGGUCAAAAAGGACGUCUAUGAAAAAUGUAAAAUGGAACUGGCGUUCCUAGAAAGGCUCGCCUUCCUUGGAAUGGAAAACAAUCUUAUUCUGUUAAGCCCAACAUUAGUCAGGAAUGCGGAAAAAAAUAUAAUCACGGAGCCAUCUGAUCGUAAAAACUUAUUCAAUUUUGGAAUACUAAAAUCAUACGACUCAAAUAUUGGUCGUAUUAGGACACACAAUGAAGUCGAAAAAGAUUACUACUUUGUCCAUCUCAGCUUUCAAGAAUACUUUGCAGCUCGCUACUUAGCAAAAGCUCUGUCCGGUACUGCACGCAAUAAAGCAAUUGAAUUUAUUCAGCAGCACAAAUACAAUCAAAGAUAUCAGUUACUCUUUGCAUUUCUAGCCGGGUUACUAAGCGAAACAUGUGACUCGCGACUUAACAUUAAAUUUUGGAACACAAUAUUUAACGAACCAUUAGAUAUCACCCGUAUGCAACACAUGGCUCUUGUUAUUCGCUGUGUCGAUGAGAUUAACAGCAACCAAACAUUUAUUGAAGCCCAACAAUUAUUCCAACUAACAGCGCGAUGGGUAGAAACCGCUAUAACACAUAAAUCCCGGUAUUUACAUCCGUUUGUGACGAACAUUCUAAGAGCAUGUAACACAAUCUGCAAUGCAACACAUAUUCAACAGGCACUGGUACGAUUACUUCACCAUAACCAGACCACUAUCGUUUGUAGAACACUGGCAUUUAUAUCAUCAAUUCCACUAAACAAUCCUACCAAUUCGCUAAAGCGCACAGUGCUACAGAAAAUACAGCAUAAAGAUUCCGAUGUAAAACAAGAAGCAUUCGAAGCACUUACCUCUAUGUAUCAAAACGCAGCGACGAAGGAACUGAUCGAGGCACUUCUCAAGGCACUUUCGGACACCGAUCAUCUAGUAAGACGAAGUGCAAGCGAGGCAUUCCGUCGAAUAAAUGUACAAGCAGCGACGCCUGAAAUGAUCGAUUUACUUCUCAAGGCACUUUCGGACGACGAUCCUGACAUACGAUGGAAUGCAUGCUACGCAAUCGGUCGAAUAGGUGAAAAAGCAGUGACGAAAGAAGUGAUCGACGCACUUCACAACGCACUUUUGCACGACUAUUCUGCCAUAAUAUGGCCUACAUACAGCGCAUUCAAUCGAAUGGCUCCACAAGCAGCGACGAAAGAAGUGAUCAAUGCACUUGUCAAGGCACUUUCGGACGACGAUUCUCACAUAAGAUGGAAUGCAUGCUACGCAAUCGGUCGAAUAGGUGAAAAAGCAGCGACGAAAGAAGUGAUCGACGCACUUCUCAAGACACUUUGGGACGACGAUUCUCACAUAAGAAACUAUGCAGGCGAGGCAUUCGAUCGAAUGGCUAAAAACGCAGCGACGAAGGAAGUGAUCGAUGCGCUUCUCAAGGCACUUUCGGACAGCGAUCUUCGGGUAAGACGGAGUGCAUCCCAGGCAAUUGGUCGAUUGGGUCAAAAAGCAGCGACGAAGGAAGUGAUCGACGCGCUUGUCAAGGCACUUUCCGACGACGAUUCUGACAUAACAUGGCGUGCAUGCUACGCAAUCGGUCGAAUAGGUGAAAAAGCAGCAACGAAAGAAGCGAUCGGCGCACUUCUCAAGGCACUCUCGCACAUCGACCAUCGGGUAAGACGAAGUGCAUGCUACGCAAUCGGUCGAAUGGGUGAAAAAGCAGCGGAGAAAGAACUGAUCAAUGCACUUGUUAAGGUACUUUUGCACGACGAUUCUGACACAAAAUGGCGUGCAUGCGAGGCAAUCGGUCGAAUAGGAGAAAAAGCAGCGACGAAGGAAGUGAUCGACGCACUUCUCAAUGCACUUUCGGACCACGAAUUUAACAUAAGAAGGUAUGCAUGCGAGGGAAUUGGUCGAAUGAGUAAAAAAGCAGCGACGAAAGAAGUGAUCGACGCGCUUGUCAAGGCACUAUCGGACGGCGCUUCUGACAUAAGAUGGCGUGCAUGCUACGCAAUCGGUCGAAUAGGUGAAAAAGCAGCGACGAAGGAAGUGAUCGGCGCACUUCUCAAGACACUUUGGGACCACGAUUUUAACACUAGAAAGUGUGCAGGCGAGGCAUUCGAUCGAAUGGCUAAAAACGCAGCGACGAAGGAAGUGAUCGACGCGCUUGUCAAGGCACUUUCGGACGACGAUUCUGCCAUAAGAUGGAGUGCAUGCUACGCAAUCGGUCGAAUAGGUGAAAAAGCAGCGACGAAAGAAGCGAUCAAUGCACUUCUCAGGGCGCUUUCAGAUAGUGAUCUUCGAGUAAGAGGAGGUGCAUGCGAGGCAUUCGGUCGAAUAGGCGAAAACGCAGCGACGAAAGAAGUGAUGGAUGCCCUUCUCAAGGCACUCUUCCACAGCGACCAUCGGAUAAGAAGAAGUGCAUGCUACACAAUCGGUCGAAUGAGUGAAAAAGCAGCGACGAAAGAAGUGAUCGGCGCACUUCUCAGAGCACUUUCAGAUAGCGAUCUUCGAGUAAGAGGAGGUGCAUGCUACACAAUAGGUCGAAUAAAUGAAAGAGCAGCCACAAAGGAAAUGAUCGAUGCACUUCUGAAGGCACUUUCGGACCACGAUUUUAACAUAAGAAGGUGUGCAUGCGAGGGAAUUGGUCGAAUGAGUAAAAAAGCAGCGACGAAAGAAGUGAUCGACGCGCUUGUCAAGGCACUAUCGGACGGCGCUUCUGAGAUAAGAUGGCGUGCAUGCUACGCAAUCGGUCGAAUAGGUGAAAAAGCAGCGACGAAGGAAGUGAUCGGCGCACUUCUCAAGGCACUCUCGCACAGCGGCCAUCGGGUAAGAAGAAGUGCAUGCUACGCAAUCGGUCGAAUGGGUGAAAAAGCAGCGAGGAAGGAACUGAUCAAUGCACUUGUCAGGGCACUUUCAGAUAGCGACCAUCUAGUAAGUAGUAGUGCAUGUAUGGCACUGAAUCGUGUAGUUGAAAAAGUGACCACGACGGAAAUUAUGGGUGUGGCUGCUGGCUUUGCACGGGCUUGGAACGAGAGGAAGAACCUCUACAAAUAUGAGAUGAGAAGGUGGCUCUGCGCGAUUUGUGCGUUGGACGUGUUCGGCGAUAAUGAUAUCGGAACCACUGAGGAGCGGAUUGUUAGUAAAAGUUGUAUAGACUCGGAACUAAUAUUACCUGGCAAGCUCAUAAAGAUUCUAAUACAGACAGGAGAUCGUGUAUUUCUCGGACCUGCUGUUCAUGGGUGUAUCAUUGGUGGAGCUGCAGUCUCGGUCGUUGAAAAUUCGUUGUGGAUUCAUGAGAGAGGACGAGUUACACGCGUAAUGAUUCCGAAAUGUAAGAUGCAUUUGGCUGUUGAACUCCGCCAGUUAUUUUCCGAAGAAGUUGAUCAUGUAUAUGCGAAACUGGCUGUAGCUUCGAAAUGA